CACCCUGCACGCUGCGCCCAGGACCAGGGGCAGGGCGGCGGCUCCCCAAGGGCAUCGCUGAUUAGCGAGGAGGAGGAUGCUUUGUUGAUCCAACCGAAAAGCGCAUCCUUUUACCACCAACUUUUGCUUUGACCCGUCCCACCCUCGCACACCCUUUGUCUCCUUUGCACUUCGCCUCGCCGCCUGAAUCUCCAUAAGCCCCCACACCAAUCACUGGAGGGCGGAGGAAUCGCUCUCAGUUCCCCCCAGUAGCCGCCCACAGGUACUAAGCAGCUCCGGUCCGCGUCGCGCCGUCGCCAUGGCUCAGUCAUGUGAGUCUUCUACAGGUACAGGAUGCGCCAUUUCUCACCUCUCAUUGCCCGCAGUUAGCACCGGCAGAGCCAUGGCCGCUCCUCGGUCCUACUAGCCCUCCAGUCCUCCCCCGCUCGCCGGCUGAUCGUUUCGGGUGUCAUUUUCCCCAGGCGGCGAUGACCAUUCCUGAUCUGUUGCUUGCUUUAAUGCCUGCCCCCAUCACGUUGUAGAUCCAAACCCAUCUCUACCCCCCCCCCCCCCCCCCCCCCCCCCCCGGUGCGUCUUGAUAAUUCUCGGAGUUAGUGCCUCCAUGUCCUGACGCGGAUGCGGGCGGAGCACACCACAUGCGGAUGUGCUGUGCUGUUGCCUCAUAUGAUUCCGACUAGGACUUGGGGAUUGUGCUGCUACUCAGCUGAAAGUUUAUAGAAGGUGGAGAAGUUGUGGUGUUUCCCUACCUGUUAGUCUGCACUUCUUUGUUCCUGAUCAACUGCUCCGACACGAUUGUUGUCUUCUCAACCUCUCUUGCCAAGCAUGGCUGGGCAAACGGCAAAGGCAAAGGAAGCAGAAAAAGAUGACAGACAAGAACCCGGAGCUGAGGGGGCGAAAAACAAGCUACUGCCGUCUCACCAGCAGCAAGACUCUCCAGCUUCUGUGGCGGACAAUGAUUCUUCAGGUGUCUCUUCAGUUCCUGGCGAUGAGUCGCCUGUCCUGGAUGGGGAUUCUGGUGAGUUGAAAGUGGAGGAAAACUUGGAUGGUAAUGGGAGUAAGGAAAAGAAAACGUCUCAGAAGAGCAGUACUAGUGACGGCUUUGCUUCUGCUAAAGUGAGUGAUGGGACAAGUAGUUUGAGGAAGACCAGUGGUAGUGCGACGAUGAGUACACGGGCCGAUUUCACUGAGAGUGGGAAGAGUAGCAUGUGCCGUGUGAGCACGGCCAGUGACAUUAGCGACGAGAGCUCGUGCAGCAGCAUGAGCAGUGCCACCACAAAGCCACACAAGGGGAAUGAUUCAAGGUGGGAGGCGAUCCAUGUUGUGAAGUCCAGGGAUAAUGUUCUUGGACUGAAUCAUUUUAGGCUGCUUAAGAAGUUGGGUUCUGGUGAUAUAGGAAGUGUGUAUCUCUCUGAACUGAGUGGUACACGGAGUUACUUUGCAAUGAAGGUAAUGGAUAAGACUUCUUUGGCGAGUCGGAAGAAGCUGCUUCGAGCUCAGACCGAGCGGGAGAUCCUACAGUCCCUGGACCAUCCAUUUCUACCAACCCUGUACACUCAUUUUGAGACAGACAAGUUUUCAUGCUUAGUUAUGGAAUUCUGCCCUGGAGGUGACCUUCAUACUCUUCGUCAAAGGCAACCUGGAAAAUAUUUCUCAGAGCAAGCAGCAAAGUUCUAUGUGGCAGAGGUACUCCUUGCAUUGGAAUACCUGCAUAUGCUUGGGAUUAUAUACCGUGAUCUUAAACCAGAAAAUGUCCUCGUUCGGGAAGAUGGCCACAUCAUGCUAUCAGACUUUGAUCUCUCUCUUCGCUGUUCAGUAAGCCCAACGGUGAUCAAGUCUGCAAAUCCUGGCCUAGAUGCAAUGCAGAGGAACAAUGCAGCAUACUGUGCCCAGCCUGCUUGCAUUGAACCAUCCUGCAUUCAGCCCUCUUGUGUAGCUCCAACUACUUGCUUUGGCCCCCGGUUCUUCUCCAAAUCUAAAUCAAAGUCCAAGUCCAAGUCCAAGAAGGACAAGUCAAAGCCUGAUGCUCCAAACCAAGAGAACCUCUUCCCAGAGCUCAUUGCUGAGCCAACUGACGCUCGCUCGAUGUCCUUUGUUGGCACUCAUGAGUACCUGGCCCCAGAAAUAAUAAAAGGGGAGGGCCAUGGAAGUGCUGUGGAUUGGUGGACCUUUGGCAUAUUCUUGUACGAGCUGUUGUUCGGGAAGACCCCAUUCAAAGGUUCAGGCAACCGGGCUACACUCUUCAACGUUGUUGGCCAGCCCUUGAGGUUCCCAGAGUCCCCAAUAGUGAGCUUCUCUGCGAGGGACAUGAUAAGGGGAUUGCUAGUCAAGGACCCGCAGCACCGACUUGGGUAUAAGCGUGGCGCUACCGAGAUAAAGCAGCAUCCUUUCUUCGAGGGCGUGAACUGGGCUCUGAUAAGGUGUGCGAGCCCUCCAGACAUACCAAAGCCUGUUGAGCUCGAGUGUCGCCCAAAGCAAGUGCCAUCAGCAAAUGGAAAGGUCGCGCCAGCCCCUAACCAAAAGGGGCCAGAUAAUUAUCUAGAGUUUGAAUUCUUCUAGGGAAUUUUUUUUUGUGAUUUCUGAACUGAAAGAGUGCAUCUGGGCAGAUGCUGUGAAAGAAAGUGAAAGAUGAUGAGCUACUCUAGGCAUGUGCUUGGCUGGAUCUUUUUUUUUUCUGCCAUUAGACUGUACGCUCGUUUCAGGAUAUCCGAGUUGUUUUUUCCUGCUGAACUGCUUAACUCUAGGGUGUACUCAAUCCAUCAUGUAUGUUGCAAUUUUCAGAACUUGCCUAUGGUACUUGAAAUGGACUUCAGGGCUACUUGCUCCAGCUCUCUGUGUAAUUGCUAAUAUACAUUGUAAUUGAUGCUUCAUCUUAGGAGUUA